AUGGCGUUCGCCCGUCCAGAGUUUCCCCUGCGAUCAGCUCAUGAUCCCUACGAUGCAGACGCUGACCACCCGCCCUCGCGCUGUACCAAGCGAUCUGGUCCUGGGCAGACUCGUACCAGGCUGACCCAAGUCAAAGGCCGAGCUAAGGAGAAUGAUGGAGGGCUAGCAAAGACGUUCAGGAAACUGACACUAGGCCAUGUGUCCGUCAUGUCCAACUGGAGGCGCCCGAGGUCGUCCCUUAAACACGCCCAAGAGAACGAGAAUUGGACCCUGGUCAGGCACCGCGCAACACGCAGAAAGAUACAAACCCGCCUUGCUGGACGCAACUGCUGGAAAAAACCCACGGAAAAAAGCCGGCGGCUGCGAAAACGAGCAGAUGCCAAUGAGGAGCCUACCGAGGACUCUCCCGACACUCCAGGAGGUUCUUCCGACUCUGACAGGACCCCUAACGUCGAUGGGCGUCCUUGGAGUGCCGGGAACCCCGAUACCAAUGCACACUCCUGGCCUGACGGCAACAACGGUUUCGUGGAAGAGCAGGAUGACAAAGAGCAGUUUUCGCCCUACGAUCAGGGCUCGGUGAAGCUUCCUUCCAUGUCUACGCUUCCACAGCCAGGUCUCGACAGUCAUCUGCACAUAAGAUAUCACGAUCGCAGAUCUGAUCCAUGCGAACAGCCUCAAUAG